CCUACCACCGUUACUUCCAUCUGCAACGUUCUGCACGAUGGGAGCGUCAGAGGAACUCGAGUACCUCAAGUCUCUCGUUGCCCAGCUGAACGACAAAAUCAACGCUUUGGAGGCAAAGGCGAAGAAAGCCGCUCCGACGCCUGCUCAGCAGCUGCGAACGAUUCUAAUAGGCCCCCCUGGUGCUGGCAAAGGAACACAAGCACCACGGAUCCGUGACCAGUUUUGCGUCUGCCACCUGGCCACUGGCGACAUGCUCCGAGAGCAGGUCGCGGCGAAGACCGCCCUCGGCGUCGAGGCUAAGAAAAUCAUGGAUACCGGCGGUCUCGUUUCGGACGAAAUUAUGGUUGGAAUGAUUAAGGAUCAAUUAGAGAACAACAAGGAAUGCAAAAACGGCUUCGUACUGGACGGGUUCCCCCGGACAGUUCCCCAAGCCCAAAAACUCAAUAGCAUGCUUGAAGUCCGCAAGGAGAAACUCGACUCGGUUGUCCAGCUCCAGAUUGACGACCAGCUCCUCAUUUCACGUAUUACUGGACGCCUCAUUCAUCCUGCCAGCGGUCGCUCAUAUCACAAAGAAUUCCACCCUCCAAAGAAGCCAAUGACUGAUGAUAUUACGGGUGAACCACUCAUACAACGUUCAGACGACAACGUCGAGACAUUGCAGAAACGUUUGAAAGCGUUUCAUAGCAUGACGGGCCCGGUUGUGGAUUAUUACCGGGCGAAGGGUCUCUGGCAUGGUAUCGACGCUGCCCAGUCCCCGAGUGUUGUCUGGGAUAAUCUGCGGAAGGUGUUCGCUGGGAAACAGUAGAUGGGGGGAGGAUAUUUACUAUAGAGGCCUUGUGGCAAUCGUGGAGGUUCAUCUAUCCAUCCAUUUGCUAUACCAUGGAAGAAGGGACACUUGAAUUGCAUCAAUUAAAUGAGAAACGUCCCGCAUUCAUAGCGCGAGGCAACUGUCCGCAGAGGGUGCGGUGU